CCGGACAGAAUCACAGCUGAGGAAAGUCUAAUCUCACCCGUCGAGUUCUCUUGAUUUCAAGAAAGCAAAGGCCAAGAAAACACACGCACACAGAUAUCACAGUCGCCACUGCGGGUUUACCGGGUUGCCGGAUCCUCGCCGUCGGAUCCAGAAUUACCCAGAAACAAGUUAACUGUUUCCGGGUUUACAAAAAGGUAGUUACUUUGAUAUAUACCAAAUUUAGACGAAUUGAGAGUCUUCAAGAUUCAGCUUAGACCUUCAGGAUCCUUUCACGAUUGGGUGCUUGGGAGUUUCAGAGACAGAUGGCAGAGGCUCUCUGCAGCAAUGAGCAAGUUCCUGAGGGUGAACCGCAUGAGAGUAGGGAAGAAAAAGAUGGUGAGAAAAAAGAGUUGCAUGGUGAAAAUGGUUUGCCUGAGGAAAGGAAAGAAUUUGUUCCUCCUGCUGUUGGAAUGGAGUUUGAAUCUUAUGAUGAUGCUUACAAUUAUUACAAUUGCUAUGCUAAGGAAGUUGGUUUUCGUGUUCGAGUUAAAAAUUCGUGGUUCAAGCGAAACAGUAGAGAGAAGUAUGGUGCAGUGCUUUGUUGUAGUAGUCAGGGUUUCAAAAGAGUUAAAGAUGUAAAUCGUUUAAGAAAGGAAACAAGAACUGGUUGUCCUGCAAUGUUAAGGAUGAGAUUGGUGGAUUCUAAGAGGUGGAGGGUGCUAGAGGUCACACUUGAACACAACCACCUCUUAGGUGCUAAGAUAUAUAAAUCCAUUAAGAAGAUGGGUACAGGAACAAAAAAGAAGUUACAGUCAAGUUCGGAUGCAGAAGUACGAACUGUUAAACUGUACCGAGCCCUUGUAAUAGAUGCAGGGGGUAAUGGGCAUGCAAGUUCAAAUGCUAGAGAACUAAGAAGUUAUGCUGAAGCUCCCAAUCAACUGAACCUUAAGAAGGGUGAUGCACAAGCUAUCUAUAACUACCUUUGUCGUAUGCAGUUGACUAAUCCAAACUUUUUUUAUUUGAUGGAUCUCAAUGAUGAAGGGCAUUUGAGAAAUGUGUUCUGGAUCGAUGCUAGGUCUCGGGCUGCAUGCGGUUACUUUGUUGAUGUCAUCUAUAUCGACAACACAUAUUUGUCAGGAAAAUAUGAGAUACCACUUGUGGCAUUUGUUGGGAUUAAUCACCAUGGCCAGUAUGUUUUGUUAGGUUGUGGCCUGCUUGCAGGUGAGACAAUAGAGUCCUAUGUUUGGUUGUUUAAAACGUGGCUUACAUGUUUAUCAGGGAGCAUGCCACAAACUAUUAUUACAGACAGGUGUAAGGCUUUGCAGAGUGCAGUUGCAGAGACAUUUCCAAGAUCUCUUCAUCGUUUUGGUUUGUCACACAUCAUGAGAAGAGUUCCAGAAAAAUUGGGAGGAUUGCGCAACUAUGAUGCAAUAAGAAAGGCUUUUAAUAAAGCAGUUUAUGAAACUCUGAAAGUGAUUGAAUUUGAAUCUGCAUGGGGAUUUAUGGUCCAACGAUUUGGAGUUGCUGAUCAUGAGUGGCUUCGAUUACUAUAUGAAGAUCGGGUUCGGUGGGCUCCGGUUUAUUUAAAAGACACAUAUUUUGCUGGAAUGUCUACUGCUCAACCAGGUGAGGCAUUAAAUCCAUUUUUUGAUAGAUACAUCCACAAGCAAACUCCUUUAAAAGAAUUUCUAGAUAAGUAUGAAUUAGCCCUACAAAAGAAGCACAAGGAAGAAACUCUUGCAGAUAUUGAGUCUAGAAGUUCUGGCCUCAUGUUAAAAACCAGAUGUUCUUUCGAGUUGCAGCUAUCAAAAGUGUACACUAGGGAAAUAUUUAGGAAGUUCCAAUUCGAGGUGGAAGAAAUGUAUUCUUGCUUUAGCACAACUCAGAUCCAUGUUGAUGGACCGAUCAUAAUCUUUUUGGUCAAGGAGCGUGUCAUGAGCGAAGGAAAUAGGAGGGAGAUUAGAGAUUAUGAAGUCUUGUAUAAUAGAAGUGCCGGAGACGUGAGAUGCAUUUGCAGCUGCUUCAAUUUUUACGGUUAUUUAUGCCGCCAUGCAUUGUGUGUGCUUAACUUUAAUGGAGUGGAAGAAGUUCCUUCUAAGUAUAUUCUUUCAAGGUGGAAAAAGGAUUACAAGCGCUUGUGUAUUCCAGAUCAUGGCUCGAACAGAGCUGAUGCUACUGAACGUGUUCAAUGGUUCAGUCAGUUAUAUAGAAGUGCCUUACAAGUUGUGGAAGAGGGGGUGAUAUCACUAGACCAUUACAGUGUUGCACUGCAAGCAUUUGAGGAGUCACUGAAUAGGGUUCAUGAGGUAGAAGAAAAGCAAGCAUACGGCAGUACCAGUGUCAUCAAUCUUAUAUAUGUUUGUUGUGUUAUGUGCAUAUUGUAGAUGGAUGAAGUGUCUCUCAACACAGAGCCAGUAGGAGACAAUGAUACCGAUGAAUUUGAGAUCGAAGGAGAUUGUGCCAUGACAGAGUGUGUUGGUCAGACUGGUGUAAUCCAGGGAGAAAAUCCUCUACCUCCUGCUGUUGGAAUGGAGUUUGAUUCCUACGAGGAUGUGUAUUACUUCUAUAAUUGCUACGCCAAGGAUCAGGGAUUUGGGGUCAGAGUAAGUAAUACAUGGUAUAGAAAGAGUAAAGAAAGAUACAGAGGAAAGUUUAGCUGCAGUAGUGCCGGUUUCAAAAAAAAAAGUGAAGCAAACAAACCUAGACCUGAAACUAGAACUGGUUGCCCCGCAAUGAUAAAAUUUAGGUUGAUGGAAAAUAAAAGGUGGAGAAUUAUUGAAGUCGAGAUUGAGCACAAUCACUUAAUUAGCCCAGCAAGUGGAAAAUUCUAUAAAUCACAUAAGCUCAUAGGUGCUGGAACCAAAAGGACAUUGCAGCUGGAUAGUCCUGAUGAAGUGCAGAAAAUUAGGCUGUAUCGAACUGUGAUUGUAGAUGCUGAGGGAAAUGGAGAUGUAGAUGAUGAUGAAGGAAAAUAUGCAGAUCUUCUUCACUCCCAUCAAUUGCAGCUUAAAGAAGGGGAUGCCCAAGCAGUUCAAGAUUUCUUUUGCCGCGUGCAGUUGAUGGAUCCUGAUUUCUUUUAUGUGGUUGAUCGAAAUGAGCAAGGAUAUAUGAGGAAUUUGUUCUGGGCUGACUCAAGGUCUAGAGUUGCAUAUGGUUAUUUUGGUGAUGUCAUUGUGAUUGACACUACAUGUUUGAAAGACAAAUUUGAAGUACCACUGGUUUCAUUUAUUGGUGUAAAUCACCAUGGACAAUCCAUGUUAUUGGGCUGUGGUUUACUUGCAGGCGAAACUACUGAGUCAUAUAUAUGGUUAUUGAGAGCAUGGCUUACAUGCAUGUUAGGACGUCCUCCCCAAGCUGUCAUUACUGAUCCGUGCACAUAUUUGCAAACUGCUCUUGCUGAUGUUUUUCCGAGAGCUUCACAUUGCCUUUACUUGUCACAUAUCUUGCAAAGUGUUCCAGAGAAUCUGGGAGGUUUAUUUGAAUUUGAAGCAAUUAAAGUGGCUUUCAGUAGAAUUGUUUACUACUUUCUACAGCCAGAGGAAUUUGAAGCAGCCUGGGAGGAGAUGAUCCAUCAGCAUGGAAUCAGGGAUAAUAAAUGGAUCCAAAAUUUAUAUGAAGACAGAAAAAAGUGGGUUCCAGCUUAUGUGAAAGAGACAUUUUUGGCAGGCUUGUUUCCAUUUCAGCAAAAUGAGAUUGUACCUUCAGUUUUUGAAGGAUAUCUGGAUAAAGAUACUCCUUUGAAAGAAUUUUUGAACAAGUAUGAUCAAGCUCUACAGACGAAUCAUCAGCUUGAAGCAUUGGCAGAUAAAGAUUCAAGAAAUUCAAGUUCCGGGCUAAAAUCUAGAUGUUAUUUUGAGCUGCAACUCUCAAAAUUAUACACUAAUGAAAUAUUAAGGAGGUUUGAAAAGGAGGUGGAGGGCAUGUAUGCUUGUUUUAGCACGAGACAGGCCAAUCUUGAUGGGCCAUUAAUAACAUACAUAGUCAAAGAACAAGUUGAAGUUGAGGGCAACAGGCAAGAAAUGAGAGACUUUGAGGUCAUGUACAACACAUCCGAAAUGGAUAUUCUUUGUGUUUGUGGUUUAUUCAACUUUAGAGGAUAUUUAUGCAGGCAUGCACUGAGUGUCCUGAAUCAAAAUGGCUUGGAGGAGAUCCCACCUCAGUACAUCCUUACACGAUGGAGGAAAGACGUAAAGCGAUCAUAUGUUCUUGAUCACAGUACUGGUGGCAUUGAUAUUAAUAACGCAGUUCACAGGUAUGAUCAGUUAUACAAAAGCAUCGUGCGGGUUGUAGAGGAAGGUCGGAAAUCCGAAGAUCACUACAAGAUCACUCUGAAAGGUUUGGAAGAGAUAUUAAAUAAGCUCCGAUUUUUAGAAGAUUAACCAUGUAACUUAUUAGCACCAACAUGUUAAGUUGUAUAGAGCUAGAAGUUUGUAAUUGCGAUGUUGUCUCUACAUAUGCAUGUGCAUCUUCGUGCCUAAAACCUUGUAAUACUACUAAUUUUAAUGCCUCAUUAGAAAAUAUGUAUAGAGAAAUCUGAAACUGUGAAAUCUUUGCCCAAGUGGUGACUGACUUUUCCACUUGUCCUUCUGUAGUAAAUAAAAUACAAUGUUAACCUCUGUGGAAUUUGAUAA